AUGGUCUCUAAAUGGGAAGAAAGUACAAGCACAUACUCAGGAAAUUUAAAAGAUAUCUUUUUAAGCAGGAUUGAUUAAUUAUCCUUAGAAACUUUAGACUAGAUUUAUAAAUUUGAAAGGAAAAUUGAAUCAAGGAAAAAAUUAAUAGACGGAUAAGUAGAAAAAGUACAUUUAAGAGAAUUAUAAAGAGUGAAGCAUAAAUUUAAUACAAAAUAAAAGCAAACUAAUAGGAAAUUGAAAGAAUAUAAUUUUAAUGGAAGAAAGUAAGCGUCAAACAAUAUAAGUUCAAAAUUUCCAUCUAGUAAGUGAUUGUUUUAAAAUAAUAUAGAAUCUGCAAAGAAAUAUAUUCUACUACUCUAAGCAGCUAAAGAUUUAUAAUUAUUCUCAUCAAGAGCGAAGUCAAACUAAUGA